GUAGCAUUAUCAGACAAUCUUUGCUCAUGACCCUGAUCCUAUCUAUAUAAAAAGCCAUAAGCUCACUCCUCUGUUUUGCUCUUCCCAUCUUCAGAUAACCCACAAAAUCCUCCCUCCACCACCACCGCUGCCGCCACCAUCUCCGGCGAUAAAAUGGGUGGUUCUUACUUCAGAAACCUAACAUUCAUGGUCAUCGUCGCGGUUCUUCUUUUAGGGUUUUCCCAUAUUGAAACCGGCAAUGCGAAGAGAAUUGGCCGGCAUUGGCGGCAGAGCAGAAACGCCGCCGAUUCUCUUUCCAAGAAGAAAGGUAAAAGCCACCACAGUAGCAAUGCCGGCAAGUCGAAACAUAAAACUCCAUCUCCAAAACCGCCACCUCCGCCGACGCCGGCGCCGGUGGUGGUGUCGGCGCCUCCGGCGCUGCCACCAGCCACCGGACCUAAAGGAAGCCCUCCUCCCCCCACAGCUCCGCCCACGGAUAAAGGUGGCGGUUAUUCGCCGGUUGGUUCGACGGUUUUGAAUGUGCUGAAUUUCGGAGCGAAAGGUGAUGGAAUCUCGGACGACACUAAGGCAUUUCAAGCUGCUUGGGCUGCUGCUUGUAAGAUUGAAGCCUCAACAAUUAAUGUACCAGCAGAUUAUGUUUUUCUUGUGGGGCCCAUUUCGUUUUCUGGCCCAUAUUGUCAGCACAACAUUGUUUUUCAGUUAGACGGCGUAAUUACUGCACCAACAAGCCCGAGCCAUUGGGGCUCGGGCCUACUACAAUGGCUCGAGUUCACUAAAUUAGUGGGGCUUACAAUUCGAGGGAGUGGGACAAUUGACGGUAACGGAGCCGUUUGGUGGCAGAAUUCACCGUACGAUCAUGAUCCGUUAGACGAUCAGUCGAAGCUUAUUUUCCCCUCAAAUGGCUCUUUGUCACAAAAGCCCCCAAUUCCUGUAAGAAGCUCACUUGGCGGGAAAAUGCCAAGCAUCAAACCAACUGCACUUAGAUUCUACGGAAGUUAUAAUGUGACGGUCACAGGCAUAACAAUCCAAAACAGCCCUCAGUGCCAUUUGAAAUUCGAUAAUUGCAUCGGAGUUUCGGUGUACAAUUUCAGCGUCUCGUCACCCGGUGACAGCCCUAACACAGAUGGGAUUCAUCUCCAGAACUCGAAAGAUGUUCUUAUUCGCAGCUCCACUCUCGCUUGUGGUAAUUUUAAUAAUUCUUUAACCUCCCGAGUCUCGCAAAACACAACACAAGAGGGCGCAAACCAAAUAACGCUGGACGAAAUGCACAACACUAUGAAUGGUGUCCGAAUCAAAACAUGGCAGGGGGGAUCGGGAUCGGUGCAAGGAGUGCUAUUUUCGAACAUCCAAGUCAACGAAGUCCAACUCCCGAUAGUGAUCGACCAAUUCUACUGCGAUCGGAGCUCGUGCAAGAACCAAACAGCGGCAGUGGCAUUAUCGGGAAUUAAUUACGAGAGUAUACGCGGGACCUACACGGUUAAGCCGGUCCACCUGGCGUGCAGUGACAACAUGCCAUGCACGGACGUCACUCUUACAAACAUACAAUUGAAGCCACAGCAAGAAAGAUAUCACAUGUACGACCCUUAUUGCUGGCAAACUUUCGGACAACUAAAUUCUCCGACAAUUCCUCCGGUGGGUUGUUUAAUGGUCGGAAAACCGUCGAGUAAUAAGAUUCAGGGGGAUAGUGAUUCUUGCUGAGUGAUUUUUUUUUUUAAAUUGAGGGAGUGAUGAUUCUUGUUAUGUAUAGUGGUUCUUUAUAUAUAUAUAUAUAUAUAUAUAUAUAUAUGUUUGAUGUUUGUUUUUUUUUUGUGCGGUCGGCAUGGUUUGGUUGACCCCUUAGGCACCAUAAGUUAGUGAGAAAUAUUGUAGCAAUUAUUAGAUGAUACGAAUUUUAUUAUUUGUUUUGCUAAGGUUGUAUGGGCUUUCUCAACAA